AUGAGUAAACACGUGGCAAGAGAUAAUUCUCUUUGGAAUCGCAUUAUGUAUGGUGGUUCCAGACAACCGGCACCUGUGGAUGUUGACCCUGAGAAAUACUCCACUUUCCCAUCGGAGAAGGCUCCUACGACAAAUACAAACACUCGGGAGAAAAAUCGCAAGUUAGCGACUCGAUACCGGUGCAUCCUGGCUAUUCUCUGUAUUUGGUCUGUUACUCUUUUUUAUCUAGCUGGGAUACAAAUAAGAGCGCUCACAAAUACCGCUCUCCCCGAACCCCGUCGCUUUGCCAACUACCAGGGUCUUUUGGAAACUGGAUUUUACCCCGAAUCUCUGAGUGCCCAAGAAGUCUUGAGCGUAGCAUUUCCAUUCAAGCCGGAAAAGAAAUAUGGCAAGCCCGUUUACGAAUCUGUCUUGAUUGAUCACGUUUUCGACUCGUGGGGAAAACCACUGGUACACAAAUUUGUGCCUCCAAAAGAUGUUGAGUUCAACCGUGUUGUCUUAAAGUUGAAAACCUCUGUGGAUGGUGUUCAGUACGACAGAUUGGCUCACUUGUAUGUGAAUGGUGCUGAAAUUUGGCGUACCUCGACCAUCGAGCCUGGAGCUAGGUCUGUCUUCUCUGAAUUCAAGAAGGACGUCUCCUCUUACACUACAUUGUUUCAAAAGCCUUGUGACGUAUUGUUCCAAUUGGAUAACAUAGUGUCCGGUGGGUUGACUGGAAAAUUCCACAUUGAGUUGCAAGCGCACUUCUACAACACCGAUUCUUUGGUUUUGGAGGAGAUCGAAGCUCAAACUGAGCAUUCUGCCAACGAAAACUAUCGUUUCUUCGAUAUUCGCAAGCCUGCAGAUCUGGUGUAUCCAUUGUAUUCCAAAAAGGACAAUGCCUCUCCUCCGCUUAAGUACCUUCCUUCUGAUCGCUACUCUGUGAAAUUGCCUCAGGUUUCUAAAAACACAACUAGAGCAAAGUUGACGGUUUUUCUUAGCGGAAACGGUAACGAAGAGUUCUGGUACAGCAAUGUCUUAGACAAACUCGCUGAUCGGUUCGAAAAGGACGGUAACGUUUUCUUUGGCCACGGUCCGCUUCGCUACUUGAACGUUUUUGUGGAUGGCCAGAAAAUUGCUUCUCAAACUCCUCAGCCUUUCCUCUUUACUGGCGCAUACUCACCCGCACUCUGGUCUCCGGUGGUGCCCAAUAAUGCUUUUGAUUUGCCUAGUGUCGAUCUCGAUGUUAGUGGAUUGUUGCCUUUGCUUUGGACUUCAGGGGAUCACGAGUUGAAGCUCUCUGUUGCCAAUGGCUUGGAUGAAUUUCAGGGAUCAUCUUCCGGUAUUGGGCACGAUUGGAUCAUUAGUGCCAACUUGUUGACCUACGAAAGUUCCGAUGUAGAGGAUGCUCAUGGAAAGAUUAUCCAUAUGGGUAAUGCCACCAAAGGAAAUGCAUUUGGCUUCUCCCCACCUUACACGAAGACUAUGCAGCAGAUUUCUACCGGUAAACUUUUGGGCGAGUUGACUAGUGAAAUCUACUUAAAGUUGAAAGACGGCAAGGCGUUGAACACUACAUUCAGCUUGCAUACGCUUGGUGGAAUUUCCAACGUCCAGGACUAUUCGUCACUGGGAGAUGUUGCACACUUUGUGCAUACUGGACGCUCUCUGAAAUCUAUUCUCAUAACGGAUAAUCUGAAUGAGGGUGCUUUGAUUCAUCAGACGAACAUAUCCCUGACUUAUCCAUUGGUAAUCAACUUAUCGCAAAAAAAGACUUCUGAAGGCACUGACCUCGAUUUUAAGAUUGUCAAUGGCCGCACAAUGAAGUUGGAGAUCAACAACGAGCCUGUAUUCGCUGAACAUGUUGUUCAAAACGGAACCUCAGACUUUUUCCUUCGUAACUCGGGUAAUUACGGUUUCGGUUCGUUGACAACAAGAUAUCGUGCACAGGUUAGCGACAAGUUUAAGUAUAAGAGAAGAGUGGAAUCUGAAAACGGUCAAAUCACUUCUGACAACGAAGCUUACGAAGAAUUGGAAAAGGAGGAUUGGGACAAGAUGUAUAAAGAAAUAUCCCAAGCAUCGCAGUUGCACGGACCUAAAAAACAUGGAUGCGGUGGCUCAAGAAUGGGAUCACAUUCACAAUCUGAAGGCGACGAAGGGAGAGGGGCUCACAUGGAACACAAGGGUAGCAGGAAGCACCACACGUCGAAUGGUCACAAAUCCAAGCAUCAUAAGUCGAGCCACCAUGGAGUAAAGCAUCAUGAGCAAAAACAUGGGGCUCACAUGAACGAUGCUAAUGUUAAGAAAAUUGGUUGCCAUGGUAAAUCGCGGGGCAAGACCCAUGACAGCGGUGUGUUCGGCGACGUAUCAAGAUUCUUCAAGAAGGCUAUUUCGUAUUUGCAAGGCCACGUUUGA